AUGGCAGCCAACAUGACUGGGCCACUUGUUAUGAGGAUUGUGGCUGCUUCUGUGGCUGUAUCUAACCGUGCCAGCCAAAUUAUUAGGAAUGUAAUGGACAGGGGAGACCUAGGAAUUGUUGACAAGGGCAAGAAUGAUCUUCAAACAGAAGCUGACAGGUCUGCUCAGAGAUGUAUAGUGGCAUCGCUCCACAAGCAGUUCCCUAAAGUAGCCAUAUAUGGGGAGGAAGAUGAGACCUUUGUCCAAGAUAGAACCAGACUACAUAAAGCACUCUUUGCUUCUCCUACAAUAUCUAGACUUCUUUCUCCACCAAAACAGAGCAUCCUAACGCAACUAGACCCAACAGAAAAAACUCCAGCUGAAUUCAUAGAGCUUGGAUUUAGUGAAGAGGUACUGAAACAUGAAUGUCCAAAAUUCUUACAGGACGUAACAGAUGACCAGAUUGUGAUCUGGGUAGAUCCCCUGGAUGGCACAGCGGAGUACACACAAGGUUUCUUGGACCAUGUGACUGUGUUGAUUGGUGUUGCUGUGAAUGGGCACGCUGUUGGAGGAGUUAUAAAUCAGCCAUUUUAUAACUACCAGGACAAGGAGAAGGUGAUGGGCCGGUGCAUCUGGGGCGUGUGUCAAGUAGGAGCCUUUGGGUUUACAAGGGAGAUAUUGCCAGAAGACAAAUUGAUUCUUACAACAUCCAGAUCUCACUCCAAUAGGAUGGUGACAGAAGCUAUUGAGGCUCUUAACCCGACAGAGGUUAUGAGAGUGGGCGGGGCAGGUCACAAGGUUCUGCUGUUGAUUGAAGGUAAGGUUCAUGCAUAUAUAUUUGCCACGAAAGGCUGUAAGAAAUGGGAUACCUGUGCCCCGGAAGCAAUCCUACAUGCUGUUGGAGGUACACUGACUGACAUGUUUGGUAUUACAAUGUCAUACGGACCACGUGUUCAACGUUUGAAUGCUGGUGGUGUGCUGGCCACAACAUCCAACCAUCAGCAUUUUGUAGAGAGGGUUCCAGAGCAUGUCCUAGAAAAUUUAGAGAAAAGUGAAUCUCCCGACCCUUUACCUGAUGGUAUAUGUCUCAGGGGAGAUUUCAAAAGCUGCAGCGGAGAAGUUAGAGAACAACAAAUAGGACAGACUGAAGAGGAGCCAGUUAGUAGUCCAAAGGGCAGUGAAUCUCCGUCCAGUGAUACAGGAGUAGCUCGGGAAAAUCAUGAUACUAAGUUGUAGAUGAACAUAUAUUAUCAGGGACAAAACUUACACAAUGUAAAAAGUAGCUGUGAUCAAAUCUUUAUUCUGGCUAUAGUGUUUGUUCCUGGCUCUUGUUUCAUAAGUCUUGCCCACUAACUGAAUAGUUCAGCUUAGUUAAGGUUAUGUUUAUGAAACCAGUUCCAGGCCCUUUCGUUCAGGAAUAGUUUAUUUAAUACAUAUCAUGUUAGAGAUUGUUCAGUGCUGAAAUUUUAUCAGAACAGUAUUUCAAACUAAUGUUGAAUGAUAUCUAUAUCACUAUGUACAUUUUUCCUUGGACACACUAAAUAUUGAUGUUGGUAGAAUUACUAAAUUCAAGCACUCAUGUAAUUUCUGAUUUUU